GGAACUUUAGGGAUUUACAGGAAAUUCGGCUGGUACCCGAGUCACCACGUUCCUUCAUCCCAGAAAAAACUUCAAAAUCUGACGACCGCGCGCCAGGGUGUAUCUUUUGUGGAAUAUGACUGAGAAAAUCAAGCCAAUCAAUUCGAAAAGUUGCAAUUUUACUGAAAUUAGAACUGCUCUGAAUAAUGCAUGCAGGCCGAAUUGAAGAGCGGACUUAAUUAACUCGAAAAAAGUACUGAAGUUAUGUUUACGGCAUAUUUGUUUGCAAAUUAGUUUAGCAACACAGUAAACGGACUGGUUUUUGACUGAUGUCUUUCUCUCCGUGCAAGAGGCGCUAAUGUGUCGGCGAGAGCAGUGACGUAAUCCGCUGGCUGGGGGAGUCCGGGACAGGCUAGCGGGAGAAACUAACAUUAACCAUAAACUGUAUUUAUGAUUUGUGGCGACAAAAAACGUGAAUGGAUAACUCCGAGUAGUUCAACGUUGUUCGCCAGUGUGACGACACAUUUAUGAAAAGAAGUCGCUCCUUAGGAAAAUAACUUUGUACAGAGGACACCCAAUGAUUGUAAAGGAGCUGUAGUGGCGGUUAAGCUAAUGCUAGCUAGCUAACGUGACGUUAGCGUUAGCAGAACAACAACAGCUUUGCUGUGGAAGUCAGCUGACAGCCUGCUGCAAGCUGCCAACACCAGGGAUGGAUCAACUCAAAGUCAAGGAUCGCAUAUUGGAAAACAUCUCCUUGUCUGUCAAGAAGUUGCAGAGUUACUUUGCGGCCUGUGAAGAUGAGACUCCAGCCAUCCGUAAUCACGACCGGGUCCUGCAGCGGCUCUGUGAGCACCUUGACCAUGCUCUGCUGUAUGGGCUGCAGGACAUCUCCUCAGGCUACUGGGUUCUGGUCCUCCACUUCACCAGGAGAGAGGCCGUCCGCCAGAUUGAUGAGCUUCAGCACAUAGCAACCAACCUUGGUCGAAGUCGUGCAUGGUUAUACCUGGCCCUGAGUGAGAGCUCAUUAGAAAGUUACCUGCGCCUCUUCCAGGAGAACCAGGGUCUACUACAGAAGUAUUAUUUCAAGAAUGCACUGGUCUGCAGCCAUGACCACCUCACACUCUUCCUCACACUGGUGUCUGGCCUGGAGUUCAUUCGCUUUGAUCUGGAGCUGGAUGUGCCAUAUCUGGAUGUGGCCCCCUACAUGCCAGAAUACUACAAACCCCAGAACCUGCUGGAUUUCGAGGAGAGGCUGCCCAGCUCAGACAGCCUUUCUCUGCACUCCUUCACCUCCCUCACCUCCACCAACCUGGAGUGGGACGACAGCGCCAUAGCCCCCUCCAGUGAAGAUUAUGAUUUCGGUGACAUCUUCCCCGUGUUGCAGUCAAUGCCAAGUGCAGACUGGGAAGAGGGUGACCUGACAGACCCGGCCAGCUGCCCGAGAUCCAGUGGUUCAGAUCCCCAGACGGUCAUCAGUGACUCAAUAGUCCUUCGCGCUGGCGUUGCCACCGGCUCCGUGGUCACAGUCAAAGUAGCUGCUCCCCCGACUCCACACAGCCCCACGUUCAGACACAACCCCUUCAACGAGGACUCGGACACCAACACUACCAACACGUCCGCUGACGUCACGCCGGUCCACGUGGCCAGCCGCCGUGACACUGCCGUCGCUGGAGACGACACGGAGAGCACCGGCAAUGAGCUGGAGGUCAUCAGGAUGGCCAGACGAAGGAAACCAGCCAAGAAGCGACGUGGGAAAGGUUCCACAGAUUCCAGCAGCAGCAUCCAUAACUCCGUGUCCUCCGAGCAGGUGGAACUGGACAAUGGCCUUCAGGCCCCAGAGGACGGACAGGGGCUCGACGAUGAUUUAGAUGUGUUAAGCUGCUCUGUGGGGCAGCAGCUGGAGAAUGGAGUAGAGACAGUGAGGAGAAGAAGCAGGAGAGGAACGGUAGAUGUGGAGGAAGGAGAGGAGGAAGGGGCGGUCGGUCUCCUGCGGCUCCCGGAGAUGACAGACACCUCCAUGGACAGUGUGGGUCAACCGCUCCGUGACGUCAUGGACCGUCUCAAUGGGGCUCUGGAUGGGGGGGACGCCUGGGAACAACCGGAGGAGGAAGACAAGAAUACUGAAGCCAGCGGCCCCCAGGCCUCUGUGCAGCAGCCCUUUCGAGAGGAUGCAGGAGGCGAGCCACCUGAUCCAGCCUCGGGGGAAAUGUCUGGUGCCCCUGUGGCCCCGAGCCCCAACUUCCUGCAGGCCUCUCCUGCGCCUACAGACUUGUACUGCUUUACCCCCCACAGUCCAGACCUUGCUCCCAAGGGUAGUGGCCACCAUGACCCUUCAGGGCAUGGCCAGUCGCAGACUCUUCCUGGUGGCUAUGAAGAUGAAAGAGAGGCAGAGGCACCGGAAGGACAGGUGCCCACCAUGAAAACGGAGGGCGAAGCCGAGGAGCCAGAGACAGAUGAAGCGGGAGUGUCGCUCAAGAAUGAAGUGACAGUCGGGGAAGCAGAAGAGCAGCUGCAGGAGGAGAAGCUCAGUCCCACAGAAAGCUCUCAUCCUGCAGAGUUCAAGGUGGACAACAACCACUUGCUUCUGCUCAUGAUUCAUGUGUUUAGAGAGAACGAGGAGCAGCUCUUCAAGAUGGUGAGGAUGAGUACAGGGCAUAUGGAGGGGGAUCUGCAGCCCCUCUACCUGCUGCUCACUGAUUGUUACAUGUACCUGCUCAGGAAGGGUGCUGCAGAGAAGCCGUACACAGUGGAGGAUGCUGUCUCUUAUAAUGAGCUGGACUAUGUUUCAGUGGGCCUUGACCAGCAGACGGUGACAGUGGUUUGCACCAACAGACGAAGACAGUUCCUGUUGGACACAGCGGACGCCUCACUGACUCUCUGGUUCUUGUCAGUCCUCAAGUCGGCCAUGGUGAAGGGAUGUCGUGAGCCUCCCUACCCCUCGGUCCUGACUGAUGCCACCAUGGAAAAACUGGCUCUUACCAAGUUUGUCUCUCAGGAGUCUCACUGUGAGGUCUCUGAGGUGUCUAUCUACUUGUACUCACUGGUCCACUGGGAAGAUCCUAUGGACAUGACCCUCUCUCCCCAGGGUGGUCCACCAGGCUCCAGAGAGUGUUUUAGUACCAAGGAGGGGACACUACUGUACCGGGCUGGUACCACUUACCUGGGCAAGGAACUUUGGAAGAGCUGCUACCUUGUCCUGAGCAAUGGGAUUCUGUAUCAGUACGCUGAAAGAACUGACGUGACACCACUGCUGUCGAUCACCAUGGGAGGAGAGCACUGUGGAGGCUGUCGGCGGUCCAACAGCACAGAGCGCCCUCAUGCUUUCCAGGUCAUCCUGACAGAGCGCCCCCCGCUGGAGCUCAGCGCCAACAACGAGCAGGACAUGGCUGACUGGAUGCAGCUGCUCUGCCAGUCCGUCUCCAAAGGGGUCGUCCCGCAGGGCGUCGCACCCACCCCGUGUAUCCCGUGUUGCCUGGUGGUGACAGACAGGAAGCUGCUGACUUGCCAUCAGGACUGUCAGACCAGCUUCUUCCGCUCUUUGGGCAGCGCCGACAUCUGCGACAUCACUGCUGUCAGCCUGGAGGCCGACAAGGAGUACUGCGUUGUUGAGUUUGCUGUGGAUCGGGCUGAGUUCCUCCCUCCCUGGAUCUUGUACUUCAGUGGCUGUGAGGAGAGAGACCGCCUGCUGGAGGCACUAGAAACCGCCUGGAAAGACAUCUUCAAGGUGAGCCUCCCCCGUAGAGACGUGUUAGAUCCAUCGGUGCAGAAACGCUGCAGCGAGGCCCUGGCCUUGAUGAGGAGCGCCUGGCAGAGGGCUGACAGCCUGGCCCGGGGCCGAGCCCAGAGAGAGCCCUGGUGCUGACCAACACACUCACACACACACAACACACGCCAACCGGAGGGUUGUCAAUGGAAUGGUCAAACAGACAGGUACAGUUGAGGAUAGACUGUAAGACAGAAAGGAUGGAUAGGGAGGGAUCAGACAGCUGAUGGAUUUUAUUGCUGGGAUCACUCUCUCUGCAAUGCAUUUGUGUUACUGCAAACUCGAAUCUAUUGAAAUAAAACGAUACAGUUAUCGGUUGUUGUAUCACAGCAUAAACAAAGGAUGCACGUUUGACUCACUGACAAAAUGUUUUUAGCAUUAAAACAUUGUAAGGAAAUAGCAGAAAAAAUGCCCAAAAUAAAUAAUAGGAACAAGACAACACUGGGUUUACUUUACGUGAAUAUUAUGAGGAAAAAUGGAGCAACUCACUUUGAAAUAGCACCUCACUGCUGUUUCACUGCUGCCAGUCUGCCUUAAAGAAUGUUAUUUGUAUUGGAUUCAAGGAAAAUUGACUUGCAUGAUCCUGAUAAUGUUGGGAGAUCUUUCUUGCCCUGCCGAUGAGGAACAGUGGCAGACGGGGCAGUGAAAGGACAGAUGGCGGGGACAUGGAGAAGUCUUUGAAGCUUAUAUUCUACAUGUCAUUCACGUAAGGCCGCCCCUGCUGCUGAAUCAAAAACCCUUAACACUCAGCAAUUGAAGUUCAUGAACUGGAUUUUGUCUCUACUCAGCAAAUGUGGGGAUAAUUUCAUCUGGAAAGUUUCCACAAAAAAUCCCUGCCUUUUUAAAAAAAAAAAAAAAAGAUAGGAAGAAAUGUUAAUGGACAUAACGUGAAGGAAGAGGCUGAGGAAGCCUGAGGAAGUUUAAAAAAAAAACAACACCUUCUUUUUCUGUUGCUCUCAUUUACAUAGGGAGGAUCAAUUGUUAAUUAUUAUAUAAUAAAACAGAAAGCCAUAUAGGGGACGUGGUUUGGGAUGUUGAAAUGUUCACACACUCCUUGCCUUGCACAAAACGGUUUCCAUAAUGCUUCAUUUUGCUUUUACAAGUGUUUACUACCAGCUGCAAUAUGUUCUUUUGAACCUGAAAGGCGGUACAGUUUUAGUGCAAAUGUGCAGCCCUGUACAAUAUUAAGAUAUAAUCACUAGUACUCAUGUGUAGAUGUAUGAUAUUCCUUUGGAUUUUGUCUGUGGGCACAUACUGUAACUCCCAAGCAUUAAAUGAUAUGUCAGAUUCACAUGGUAUGACAGCGUUUUGCCAGAGAGAACGAAGGUCCCUGCUGAAGGAUAUCUGGCUAAUUAACACUUGCACUUAACAUCUCGCCUCUGUCGUCUGUCUUGGGUCAUAGUUUGUCAUUUUCAAUUUUGUUACUGGGGCAGAUAAAAACGAAAUCAGGAAAUACAACAGACUUGCCUUUUUCUCAGCUCUAAUCUUAACAGAGGAGUGGAGACUUACCUUUGAAUGCAAGCUUGCACAAUUUUUUUGGGUUGUAGUUUCUUUCAAUUUCUCUUAUUUUUAUGGUACCAGUUGCAGUUUUGUGCAAAUUCCAUAAACAGCUGGGUUUUUAACAUUUUAGAAAAAGUGGGAACAGUUGUUAUUAAUUUGUUCUACUGUAUUCACUUGAGUGGUUACUUUUAUUUUGUGUUAACAGACAUACCUCCCACUCAGAGUGGGUUGUGUUGUUGCAUUUGUGUUAAGAACGCAUUAAUGCCUGUGUGUCGACAAAACAGACCCAUCACUUUUCUCGGCUUCUGUUUGCAGCACCCUUGGUUGGUGGCAUCAUGCUGCACAUUUAGGUCCUACAACAGAACUUCUUAAGCCGCAGUGAGCACUUUCCUAAUUUGAUAUAUUUCCUGUCAGAACAGGAUAUUGUGGUGAGACACAACAUGAGGAGAGAUCGUCCUAAAGUGUAAAUCAAUGGAAUGUCAAUUAGGUGGACAACGGCGUUUUAUUUGUUUAUUUAUGGAAAGGGCACAAGGUGGGAUUGUUCAACAUCUGAUUCUUUUAGCAGUUGGAUUUUUCUUAAUGCCUACUGAUGGAAAGUAUGAAAUUAAUUUUGUACUUUUUUUAGUCAUUUUUGUUGACAAGGUGUAUAUUGUGGCAUUGAAAAUGAAUUAACAAGGUGCAAAACUAAUUUUUCAUUUCAUUGCAACUUCAAGAGCUGGCUACUCUACUAAGGUCAUUGUGCAUUAAUGUAGGAACAUAUUUGAAGUUUAUAGAAAAACAAAAACAAAAAAAAAGUUAACCUUUUGACCGAAAGCAAAUGUAGCAUCUGCUUUUACCUUAAUACUCAAAAUGAGAUAUUGUUUAUACAAACUCGCUUAAAACAAGAAUAAGAAUUAUUUCAUCUGUAGUCACAGAUUAUGGUUCCUUGGUUUUUCUCAGCAUUGAUCCAAAUUAACCCACAACAUAGCCUGUAAAUUUGUCUUCUAUUUCCCCCAAAAUUAGUCACAAUAGAGCACUGCUGCUGCGUAUGUCAAAGGUCAACAGAUUGGCAGUGUUAGACAUUCUCAUUGCUAAUUUGUGGUGGACGUAUUAUAUUUAUAAAGAUUUCACCUGUAUCCUACAUCAAUCCCAGUGACAAUGUUGCCUUUUUGAGAUCCUUAAUUGAACUGCACAUAAUGAUUUAUGACCCAUUGAUUUAAACCAAAUAAAGCGCAGUUUCCCAGCGUGGCCUUACAUGGGACGUCUUGGCUGGCUUUUACUUUGAUCACUUUGAUCAGGGUUUAUGUUGCGGUUUCUUCGGAGCGACAAGUCAGAAUACAGAUGUCACCUCUGCUCACGCGUGCCGCUGUCUGUAAGACGCCGUGUGUCUUUUCUCCGUCACUUUAUUUCUCCAACGUUAGCAUUAAUCACUGCUUUGAGCCUUUCUAAGUGCCACUUGGUCUCACUUGUCUUCUGCGCUUCUACAAAGGACAAUUGAUCUCAGGUCAAAAGGGGAUGCAAAGCUACAUCCACUAACACUGGAAUGUGGACUAUAUAGGACCAACCACAGUCACAUUGAGUGUGGAUGUAAAUUCAAGGCGAUUAUGUCAGUUCAGUAAAUUAAGUGGUUGACUCUACAUGGUUCACCGUCCAGUCUUAAUGAAUGUGGAAACACCCAACACCUUAAGACACACCUUGCAUGCUUUGUUAACGCUGUUUUGUCUAAUUUGAUUUUUUUAAGUCGCUUUUUCUGUUUUGGUUCCACCCGUUUUCCAUAUGGCGUUACAAACUUACUUUAAAAGCGCACUGGAAAUGCAUUAAAGUGAUCUUCAAAUGUUGGAAAAGGCCUAAUGUCCUUUAAAAGUCCUUCAGUAGCAUAGAUACGAUUGUUUCCAACAUAGGAUUGUUACAAAAACCAUUUGGAAAUGUUUCUUGGGAUUAUUAAAAAAAAAAAAAAAAAGAUACACUGCUAAGUAGGGCUGGGUGAUACUACAUUGAUCUUUUACCAAUAUCUUGACUAGACCCGAUGUCAUGAUGCAGCAUAAAUGUCAUUUUUCUGGUUUUAAAGGUUGCAUUACAGUAAAGAGAUGCAGUUUUCUCAGCUUAUUAGACUGUUUUAGCUGUUCUCGUAUUUGCUUCUAACUGCUUAGUCAUCAUAUCCACAUUACUAAUGACUGUCUUAUCUUAUCAAAGCACCUGCACUCAUCCUCCAGUAUCACUGUCACAAUACUGAUAUCAGGGUAUGCAGUCAACGAUAUCAUGGUAUUCGUUUUUGUACAUUAUCGCCCAGCCCUACAGAUGAGAGUUGUGGUCUAUGAAGUAAAUACAAUGGAAAUGUCAUGUUGUCUUUUUGAGCAGUGAUUUGAAUGUGGGGCAUUGCUGGCCAAUGGUGGAUUACAUCUUUUGAGUGAUGCUUUGUGAAACAGAGAGUUUUUUGUUUGUUUGUUUGUUUUUUUGAAAUUGUGAAUACAUACAGUGUAUACAGUAUAUAUUGUUUUUAUUAUGUUUAGCAGUUUUUUAAUUUGAAUUGUAAAUAGAAUAUGGGAUUAAUCAAAUAUAACAUAUGCUCACAAGUGCAUGUCCAGAGGGUUUUCUACUGUACAUAAUGAUGAUGAAUGUACAAAUAAAACCUUUGUGAAUACAACAGCAUAAAUAAAUUCAAAUCAAACUCUU